UAUGCCUUGAGCUCCUGUGGCCGGUCUUGUAGGGUACUGUGCUUCAGCCUCUGACAACACUAUACAGGAUCAAGCCUAUAUCUGAGGCUUUGCAGGUGGAAAUAGAGUGUGCAGAGUCUUCCAAGGACUUGCGAACGGCGUAAGAUCGUGGAACGAGUUCUACCAGAAGUAGCACCUGUCUUACUGCUUGAAGGGGACCUGAAGUGUGAUGAAGGACUUGGAGCAGCGAGAGAAGACUGCUGACAUCCCAGUGGUUGACCUUGGGGAGUUGGGUGUUGGUGGGCCUGAUAAACCCAGCGAAGAUGAAUGGCGCCGGGUCGGAGAGAGUCUUGUCAAGGCCUUUGGCGAUAUUGGCUUCGUGUACCUGAGUAACCACGGCGUCUCCACCCGCUCGGUAGACGAGGUGAACAAGUGGUCGGGAAAGUUCUUCGAGCUGGACUCGGCCACCAAAAUGCGGUACAAGCGCGGAACGACCCAACUACAGGGGUACACGGAGCCAGGCCAGGAGAGGUUGAUCGCUGAGGGAGACGUGCGGGAGCUGAGGGAGAGUUACGACGUGCGUGAGGUGGACGGCAUGUUCCCCGACGAGGAGGUGGUCGAGCUGCGGCCCUCGGUCCAGGCACUGGUGGCCGCUUGCAAAAAGCUGGCCUCCAGGGUGCUCACCGCCAUUGCCAUCGGAUUAGAUCUGGAUCGAUCAUACUUCGUGUCGACCCACCAGCAGAUGUGCAGCGACAACAACGCCACGUGUCUGCGUCUGCUUUACUACCCGCCAGUGCCCCCUAGCGUGUGUGAGGGGGCCACCCGCUGCGGCGCUCACACUGAUUACGGCACCGUCACCCUCCUCUUUCAGGAUAACAUGGGAGGCCUAGAGGUUCGAAACCGCGAGGGUUCAUGGGUGAGCGCCGACCCUGUGCUGGGCACUGUGCUGGUCAACGUGGGAGACCUCCUGCAGUUUUGGACCUCUAAUAAACUGCGCGCCACGGAACAUCGGGUGUUGAUCCCGAAGGAGGAAAUGCAGCAAAGGCGACCUCGGCGUUCAGUGGUGUUCUUCGUGCACCCAGACGACCCGGUGCUCAUACAGCCGCUCGACGGCUCCAACGCCUACAGUCCCGUCACGGCCAAAAGCCACACAGACAAGCGCUUCGAGGAGACCUACCAGUACUGAGGAGCUACAGGAGACCUACCAGUACUGAGGACCUACAUGAGACCUACCAGUACUGAGGACCUACAUGAGACCUACCAGUACUGAGGACCUACAUGAGACCUACCAGUACUGAGGACCUACAUGAGACCUACCAGUACUGAGGACCUACAGGAGACGUUGAGAGCGCCCGCGUGCAGCGUUCAGUCGUUGUCCUGGGCGUACGUGUGGCUGGGGCCACAUGACCACACACAUCCCAGCAUCACCAUGGCAGCAGUAGAGCACAUGCACUCUCUCAGUCCACCAAGACGGCUUCAUUUACUCAAGGCAAAAGCACCAGUCGCCAUGAACACCACUUCCCAAACUAUGUCAAGGUGGUUAAGCGCCAACAAGCAGGUGCGGAAGACGUCUCCAACUUGUUCUUCAACUUUCAUUUACUUGAUCUGCUGCAUAUCAUUAAAUAUGAUUGUGUGUGUGUAUUCAUUUAUUUGUGUUUGCGGGGGUUGAGCUUUGGCUCUUUGGUCCCGCCUCUCAACUGUCAAUCAACUGGUGCACAGGUUCCUGUGUGUGCGUGUGUGUGUGUAAUCAGCUCGACACGUGAUAGAUCUCCAGAGCUGGCAGAUAUUUUCCUGUCCUUCAAAACACCUGUUCUCAACAUGCUCAGUUUGCUUGAUAGAUACAUAUAUAUUGUAUUUACCCGAUAUAGUUGAUAUACCUAAUAUAUUAUAUGUCCUAACACAAAUACUUGCUUUAUAUAAAUGAAUUAUUAUUAAUUGUGACGUUGUUUAAUAUGAACCACUGAUCUAUAUGUGAGGUCUCUUGAUCUACCACCACACUGCUAUUAUGAUGUGUCUAUGACUUAGCUGCAUUUAAGCUCUUUACUAUCAUUGAACUAUUCCAUUAAGUGGUAUAGUUGUUUCAUUAAUAUUUGUUUUACCGCGCGUGAGGUAAAGUGUUAUGUUAGAGAAGUGCCGGCUGACAGCUCACAGGCUUGUGAUAUCAGCGACCAGGUGACCAAGAACACCCAAAAUUAGCAAAUAAUAAUCAUUUCAACCUGAAAUGCAGAAAAACUUGACAUAUUCAUUUUCAAAAUGUCUUUAUUAUUCACCGUUGUGAACUGAGGUAUUUUAUUCAGUAAAGAUCUCUGGCUGAGACACGCCUGGCAAAGAGUCCAGAUGUUACAUAAUGCUUAAACACAUUAUUAAUACUUUACCAGGUAAAGUGUUAAUCAUCAACAUGACACGAAACCCCUUAUCACACCACCUGGAUAGUUAUCUAGAUAUUUGUGAUAUGGUCUGAAAGCAUAUUACGGUUGCAAUAAUAGCCUACUUGGAAACUGGCAAGGGAACCUUUGUCGUAAACAGAGAAUAUUCUCAGGUUAUAUCUUUAUUUUAUUAUAAAUCGAUGGUUGAAAAUAUAAAAGGCCUAGAGUUAUUUUUGUAAACGGUCUGAAUUAAAGGCUUUCUUAAAAAUGAAAUUGUAGGAGAUACUCAUAUAGUUUUCAAAUUUCACAUUUCACAUGUUUGAGAAUAAUAUACUAUUUUAGCACAACUAAACUUAAUCUAAUCUAACCCAAGCUAUCUUUAAUCUAACCUAACCCUAGACAGAGAGCAGAUAAUAGCAGUAAUUACACAGUGGUUUUGACGUGAAUACCGAGAGCUGAUAACUUGGUGGCCAAGGUUCGAAUCCUUGAGGUUCCAGUGUAACAGUCUGCAUCCAUCCAGCCUCAGGUCAACACAGUGUUACGAGGCGUGUGUGACCAAGUAGUGUAGACGUACUAUGUGAAUGUUGAUCAAAUGAGCAUCACUCAGCAUGACAACAUGAAUGUAAUAAUUGUAAUUGAACAUAUUAAGUGUAACAAUAAAUUUUAUUUUUA